AUGCCCGACGGAUACGACUACCUCUUUAAGCUGCUCCUCAUUGGCGACUCGGGCGUCGGAAAAUCAUGUCUGCUUCUGCGUUUCGCCGAGGAUGCAUUCACAGAUAGUUACCUCAGCACGAUUGGCGUUGACUUCAAGAUUAGGACCAUUGAUUUGGAAGGGAGGACGGUGAAGCUACAAAUUUGGGAUACUGCGGGACAAGAACGAUUCCGUACAAUCGCUGCUGCUUACUACCGUGGUGCGCAUGGCAUCGUCGUCGUCUACGACGUAACCGAUCAAGAUUCGUUUGAGAAUGUGAAGGGCUGGCUGACGGAGAUUGAGCGCUAUGCGUCGGAAAACGUCAAGAAGCUUUUACUCGGUAACAAGUCAGAUCUAGUGGAGAGGAAGAUCGUGCAAUACAGCGUGGCCAAGGACUUUGCGGACGAGUUGAAAAUUCCCUUCCUCGAGACAUCCGCAAAAACCUCCGCAAAUGUGGAGGAGGCAUUCCUAACAAUGUCCAAGGAAAUAAAGGAUAGCUUGGACGCAUCACCCCAGUCUGCAUCGACCGGCUCGAAAGCGGGCACGGUAACACCAGGACACAGUCUAGAAGAGUCGAAAGCAUCGGGAGGCUGCGCCUGCUGA